AUGCCAAGCAAGAGGGCAUCCAACCUACAGACCCAAGAGGGUGCUGCCGCACACUCUGGCUGUAUUCAAGCAACUGGUAAUAGUGCUCGAAUGGCAGGCGUUUGCUUCGCUGGUCAACCAUGCAUUGGCAAAGAUAGCCACCAAACAAGUACUUCCGGGUACAUUGCGCGUCCAAUGCCUUGUACAAUAACUGAUGCAACAGAGGGACGACCAGAUCUUCGUCCACAAGAAAUGGCGCCCUUUGUCGAUGGCAGUUCAAUAAGACGCUCAACCAGUGGCCGGAUUCCUGCUACAUGCCCACGCUCAUCUGCCAUGAUUGCGGCAAGCUCAGCGCCACAUCUACCCUUGGCCUACACAAAUACCCAUGGUGCUAACAAGUCCGGCACAUGCCCGCAGCCUAGCCAGGCCUGCUUAGCCUAUUCACAGGGCCAGGAAGAGAUGUGCCGGGCGUGUGGCUAUUACAAUACUGGUAAUAAGAAUUCACAGGGCCCACAUCCAGUUGGCCUCCGGAUGCGCUUGUUACGAUUUGCGGGCAUGCUAAUAUGCAAUUUGUGUGCUGAGAUACAGGCUUACGCUAUAUUUGAAUAA